AUGGAGAAUGGGAGAAAUUUGAAAUUUGUGAAGAAUGAUAAAANAAGAAUAAGGGUUAGAUGCUUGGGCUCAAAAGGAACAUGCCCGUGGGUGGUAUAUUUUGGUUUCAUGGGUGCAAUAAAGUCAUGGCAAGUAAGGACUGUGUUUGACACUCAUACAUGUACUAGAGAACACAAGAUAAGACUAUUCAAUGCAAAAUGGCUUAGUAGAAAACUAGAAAAAACAGUGAGAGAGAAUCCUAAUGUCAAGGGAGUUGAUAUUAGAGAAAAAGUGUGUAGGAAAUGGAAUAUAGCAAUAUCUAAGAACAUGGCAUAUAGGGCGAAAACACAUGCAUCAGAUGAAGUGGCAGGCUCCUUUGCUAAGCAAUAUACUAGAAUAUAUGAUUAUGCUCAUGAGUUAUUAGAAAGAAACCCUGGGUCUACAAUCAAGGUCAAAGUUGAGCCAUUUGAUGGGAAAGUAAUAUUCCAAAGGUUUUAUGCAUGCCUAAAGGCUUGCAAAGAUAGCUUUCUUUCAUGUAGGCCAAUCAUUGGCCUUGAUGGAGCCUUCUUGAAAGGUCAACAUCAUGGUGAGCUAUUAACUGCUGUGGCCAGAGAUGCAAACGACCAAAUGUUGCCAUUGGCGUAUGCAAUUGUUGAAGUUGAGAAUAAAGACACCUGGAAAUGGUUUCUGGAGCUCCUGAUUGAAGACCUAGGUGGUAGAGAUGUGUGUUCUGGACUUACAAUAAUGUCAGAUCAACAAAAGGGUUUAAGAUAUGUUGCAGAAGAUGUUAUUCCUGGAGUUGCACAAAGAUUUUGUGUAAGGCAUUUAUAUGCCAACUUCAGGAAAAAAUUCCCUGGAAAAAACUUGAAAAGGCUUAUGUGGAGGGCAGCUACAGCAACUCAUCCACAACAAUGGGAGACUGAGAUGAGAAAGAUGAAAGCUGUUAACGUAGAUGCUUUUAGACAUCUCAUGAAAAUUGCUCCAAGCUGGUCUGCACACAAAAUUUUCGAAAUCAGACAUGUGUCCCAAAGUGGGGACAACUUUGUGGUGGAUAUAGAUAAAGAUACAUGUUCUUGCAGGAAGUGGAGCAUCAGUGGAAUUCCUUGUGUGCAUGCAUUGACAACAAUGAGGUUUCUGAACCUAAAUGCAGAGGACUAUGUACCACUAUGCUUCAAAAAGUCAACCUAUGAAGAGAUGUAUUCCUCCAUUAUAUACCCCAUUAAUGGAAAACGUCUAUGGGAGAUCAGCGAUGCAUCUCCACGAGAGCUAACAGAACGCAUAUGCUUCCUUCCACAGUCAUUGCAAGUUGAAGAGGAACAAGAAUGCGCCAUGGACAUUGUUGCGUCUUGUAGUUUGGAACUUCCCUCUUCAAGUGCAGCCCAAGCUUCAACUCAAAAGAACCCUAAAUACCUCGAUCUGGGUUCUCCACUUCAGAACUUAAGCUCAAUCACGAUUUCAUGA